UUCCAAACUUGUUUGUUUCCAAGUGAAACCUACAGACGAUGUGCCGUAGAUGAUUCCAUGAACUUUGCGUCCAAGAUCUACUCAUUAUGAAGCGUGUGUUCAGUCUCACCAGCAAAUCCUUCGGUGGUCAAGGGACCAUACAUUAUUGUUGGCAGAAAACAUUAGGAAACUACCUAUCUGUUGUUGGACAUGAUCAUGUGUUGAGGAUUUAUGACCGACACGGAGACCUAAAGGAGGAAUUCAAUUUACCUGGGGCCUGUACUGGUAUGGGAUGGGACAAGGACGGAGAUACCCUGGCCGUCAUCAAUGAUAAGAAUGGAGUCAUCAUACUGUGGGAUGCUAACACUCAGAGGACCUCUCCCAUUGACAGUGGUUUAAGAGAUAACCUGACCUACAUGUUGUGGGCUAAAGCAGGACCCUAUCUAGCCGUGGGGACAGCUAAGGGCAAUCUACUCAUUUAUAAUCACCAGACAUCGAGGAAGGUGCCAGUGCUAGGUAAACAUACAAAGAGAAUUACAUGUGGGUCAUGGAGCAACGAAAACUUACUAGCCCUCGGCAGUGAUGAUCGCACAAUCACCAUCAGUAACAUAGAGGGAGACACCAUCCGUCAGACCUCUGUCAGGUCAGACCCACAGGAAGUUCAAUUCUCAGAGAUGAAGGGAGAUGAGAGGAGUCAGAUUGGAGACAAUACUGUGAGCGUUGUGAUUGGUAAGAAGACACUCUUCCUGUACAACCUAAAUGAUCCAGAAAAUCCCAUAGAACUGGCCUUCCAACAGAGAUACGGAAACAUCAUCUCAUAUCGUUGGUACGGGGAUGGUUAUAUCAUGAUUGGCUUCUCCAAUGGCUACUUUGUGGUCAUCUCAACUCACAUGAAGGAGAUUGGUCAGGAACUGUUCCAGGCACGGAACCACAAGGACAACCUCACCUGUAUUGCCAUUUCAAACUCCCUCAACAAGGCAGCAUCUUGUGGAGACAACUGUAUAAAGAUUCACGACCUGUCAGACCUGAAGGAAAUGUUUGCCAUCAUCAACAUGGACGAUGAGCGAGGUCUGGAUAAACUAAAUUGGACAGAUGAUGGUCAGUUGUUGGCAGUGUCCACACAGAGGGGAAAUCUCCAUGUUUACCUGACAAGACUUCCAAUGUUGUCGUCAGCAUCCUCCACCAGAAUCGCCCACCUCACCUCCUUACUGGAGGUCACCAUAGAGGACAAUGUGUCCCAGGAUCCUCCGCUGACAAUCCCUAUUGAUGUAGAGCCGUCCUUCUUGGGAAUAGGGCCAUAUCAUUUGGCGGUGGGGAUGAACAACCGGGCAUGGUUCUACCUCCUGGGAGACAACGGAUUGGAGAAGCUUAAAGAUCGUGAAUACCUUGGUACUGUGGGCACCAUCUGUCUCAAUGCUGAUUAUGCUGCUGUCAGCUUCGAGGGCAGGGUUCAGCUUCAUAUGAUUGAGGGUGAGACUGCUGGAACCACAGAUGAAAGAGAAUCCAAGCUUUUCCCCGACAUGGACCAGCAGGACUCUCGCAUCACCUGUCAUAACAUGACACAAGAUUUCCUCAUCUAUGGCACGGACAAUGGAGGUAUCAACUACUUCUUCAUUGAGGACUGGCAGAUGGUGAACGAGUUCCGCCACAUUGUGGGUAUUCGCAGACUCUUCCCUGACCCUAGCGGCUCCCGAGUUAUCUUUAUUGAUGACAAGAGUGAUGGCUUUGUGUACAAUCCUGUUAACGACCAGACAUUAGAGAUUCCCAAAUUCUCCCCAACAACUAAAGGUGCAUUAUGGGAGAUGUGGACAUCAGACAAGGGUGUUUUCAUUACCUAUGAUGAGGAGAAGAUUUGUACCUACCUCUACUGUCGGGAGUCAGUUCAAGGGCCUCAGGUAGACUACGCUGGAGAGACACGUUUGCCGUAUGGCCAGGUGCCGAUCCUGCUGUAUAAUGGGGAGGUAACUCUUCAAACCGAAAGUGGACGACUUGGCACACUUCUCCUUGAAACACAUGCGGCAUUGUUCUCUGAUAACUUGGAGGAAAUGGAUAAGGAGAUGAUGAAAUCAGCACUACAUCAAGGGACUCUGUUGAGGAGAUUCAAAGAUGCGUGGAACCUCUGUAAUCAGAUGAAUGACAUAGUGUGUUGGCUGGAGCUAGGAAAGGGGGCACUGUCCAGUCUGGAAGUGGACUUUGCUAUGAGAGUGUACAGAGAGAUAGGGGAUGUUGGUAUGGUCACUUCUCUCCAACAGAUCAAGCACCUCGAGGACAGGAAUCUACUGUCUGGCUACAUCGCCAUGUACCUGGCCGAGUUCAACCUUGCACAGGAUCUGUUCCUGGCCUCGGGGAAACCACUGGCUGCUCUCGAGAUGCGACGAGACCUGUUACAUUGGGACAGUGCCCUACAGCUGGCCAAGGCCCUGGCUCCUGAACAGAUCCCUUACAUCUCGCGCGAGUAUGCCCAGCAAUUGGAGUUCACUGGGGAUUACAUGAAUGCCCUGUCACAUUACGAAAAAGGUGUGACUCGACAAGAUAAAGAUCGUGAACAUGAUGAGGUCUGUGCUGCGGGGAUAGCUCGUAUGUCUAUCCGGAUGGGAGAUAUCCGUAGGGGUGUAAACAUGGCCCUGAAGAUGCCCAGUAGGAUACUGAAGAAGGAGUGUGCCAGUAUACUGGAGGGAAUGAAGCAAUGGCAGGAAGCUGCCAUGUUAUAUGAACAUGGAGGUUACUAUGACAAAGCGGCCUCCGUCUACAUCCGCAGUAAGAAUUGGAACAAAGUUGGAGAGCUUCUGUCACACAUUACCUCUCCAAAGAUCCACGCCCAGUAUGCUAAGGCUAAGGAAGCAGACGGUCGCUACAAGGAGGCAGCGGACGCCUACAAACAGGCCAAGGACUGGGACAAUGUCAUCAGGAUAAACCUCGACUACCUACAGAACCCCGAGGAAGCUGUGAGAAUUGUUCGUGAUAUUCAGUCUAUAGAGGGAGCCAAGAUGGUGGCUAAGUUUUUCCAGAAGUUAAAUGACUACUCGUCCGCUAUCCAGUUCCUGGUGAUGUCUAAGUGUAAUGACGAGGCAUUCCAGCUGGCUCAGACACAUAAUCAGAUGGAGACGUACGCCGACAUUAUAGGUCCGGAUGCUACCCCAGAAGACUACCAGAGCAUUGCUCUCUAUUUUGAGAAUGAGAAGAACCACUUCCUGUCUGGAAAGUUCUUCCUUCUCAGUGGACAGUACAGCAGGGCGAUGAAGCACUUCCUGCGUUGUAGUGGAGAGGAUGGCAGGGCUAUAGAGCUGGCUAUAGAGACUGUAGGACGAGCCAACGACACGCAGCUCACUAGACAGCUCAUAGAUUUCCUCAUGGGGGAGACAGAUAACAUUCCUAAGGAUGCCAAGUACCUAUUCCGGCUGUAUAUGGCCCUGAAACAGUACAGAGAAGCAGCUCGCACUGCCAUCAUCAUCGCUCGCGAGGAACAGAAUGCUGGUAACUACCGUAACGCCCACGACGUCCUAAUAAAUGUAAUGUCCCCUUUCCAGGUAACUACCGUAACGCCCACGACGUCCUAAUAAAUGUAAUGUCCCCUUUCCAGGUAACUACCGUAACGCCCACGACGUCCUAAUAAAUGUAAUGUCCCCUUUCCAGGUAACUACCGUAACGCCCACGACGUCCUAAUAAAUGUAAUGUCCCCUUUCCAGGUAACUACCGUAACGCCCACGACGUCCUAAUAAAUGUAAUGUCCCCUUUCCAGGUAACUACCGUAACGCCCACGACGUCCUAAUAAAUGUAAUGUCCCCUUUCCAGGUAACUACCGUAACGCCCACGACGUCCUAAUAAAUGUAAUGUCCCCUUUCCAGGUAACUACCGUAACGCCCACGACGUCCUAAUAAAUGUAAUGUCCCCUUUCCAGGUAACUACCGU